CUAUAAACAAGCGCAUCACUCCACUGGGUCCUACCCUGACCUACCAGUACACACAUCGUUUUCUUUCAUAUUAGUAGGGCGUCAAUUUGUCGAGUUUUGUGAUGGGUGUUGUUGUGAAGUGAGAGAGUUGAAUAAUAAAGGGUACUGUCUCACAAAUUCAAAUGUUUAUAUGGACUUAUGGUCUGUGUUUAUAACCUGAUGCAAACGUCUCAUCAUUAUAUUGCUCGGCCACGUAGCCGGAGCCCAAGUCCAGUGUCCUUUCAACGCGAUUCAGAUGCCGGCCAGAAGAGGCGGACGAGGAGUGGUCACUCGGGCAGUGUGGGAGCCAGUGAUGGCCUACUUCAUGUACAAGGCCCCACCCUCCUAGUGGGGGACGAGGGUGAGGAGAACUAUGGGUCUCGUGACGGUGCGCGGAUCAACGAGUUGUUGCAUCACAGUCAGCCGGUGGAUGCUUUGGUCACCGUUCGAGGAGACUCGCCUGAUAUCCCGGCAGUGUCAGUUAAAGAGCUGUUGGAUCGGUCGUCAAAUCCAAAGAGGAGACACUCGUCUGGAGAAAUGGACGAGCUGGCGGGAGCUGUGCGCAACUACGGCAGCAUCAACCCCGGCGAGCGCGGGCAGACGGACGGGAGCUCCAACACGGACCGCUCGGACGCGGAACACAACGGACAUGUGCCCACGAGGAGCGCGUCGGAGAGCGGCAGACCACGCCGCCUGAGUAGGCAGAAAUCCUACUACACACCCGCCAUGGUCGACGAACUGCGCAAGCGCAACAGGCUGUACUUCCUGGACCCAAUCACCAAGCUCAAACACUUCCACGGGUUUCCAUGGAAACUGACGCUACAGAUUAUCAAGGUUCUAAUGCUCACUACUCAGUACUACACUAUGCCAAACUCUUCUCUGGCCUCAAUGCACCUAUACCAAGACAAUGUCACAGGGGAGGUAAAACCGAUUGAACUCUGUUUCCGCGCCAACAAGUACGUCGAGUUUGACAACGGUACCUACAUUGUCUCUGCUGAUGUGCUACACAACUGCACAUUUAUACGACCUUACGGGCCUAUAGAGAACCGGACAUAUGACAUACAGAAAUACUUAAAGGAACAUAACUUCUCCCUGCCAUACGAUCGAGUGUUAGAAAUCAGCCUGGGCUUCAAAAUUCGGACUUUUCAUCUAAACCUUUUAGAGACUCAUUAUGGACCGACGUGCUACAAUGUGGAAGUGGAAAUCUUGUACGAGAACAAAGCGCGCAGUGGGCAGUUGCUGGUGGACCUACAGACAACACGCACUGAGGUCACGUGUUUUGGCAAGAUCAUGUCACCAGAAGCAGAAGAUGAGAUGGAGUCACUGAAGAUGAAGUACAUAGCUUUUGACGCAGCCGUCAUAGCCACCUGCUGCCUGUCCACGAUUUUGUGUAGCCGAUCUCUGAAACGCAGCAACAAACUCAGAAUGGACACGGCCAAGUACUUCCGUCUCCAGCGGGGGCGUCCGCUCAGCUUUUCCAACCACCUGGAGUUCAUCAACAUGUGGUACAUCAUCAUCAUCAUCAACGACAUCUUCACCUGCAUCGGCUCUGCACUCAAGAUGCAACUGGAGAGUAGGUCUUUCAGCAUCUCCUCGGAGAACUACGAGAUCUGCAGCAUGGUGAUAGGCCUGGGCAUCUUCCUUUCCUAUGUCGGCAUCCUGCGAUACCUUGGCUUCUUCAAAUCGUACAAUGUGUUGAUGCUGACCCUGAAGACGUCCUUUCCGCAUGUGUUACGGUUCCUGGUGUGUGCAGUCUGUUUGUACAUGGGUUUCCUGUUCUGUGGAUGGGUUGUCUUCUCACCCUUCCACAUCAAGUUCCGGAAGUUGAGCACGGCGUCAGAGUGCUUGUUCUCUCUGGUCAACGGUGAUGAUAUGUUCGUCACCUUCUCUGCCCUGACAAACAAUAGCAACUCCAUCUUCUACUUCCACCGGGCGUACCUCUACAUCUUCAUCUCCCUCUUCAUCUAUGUGGUGCUCAGUGUUUUCAUCGCCGUCAUCAUGGAUAAUUAUGAAAAUUUGAAGCAUUACUACGAAAAAGGCUUCCCAGAGACAGAAAUUCAGAAGUUCAUGAAAGAGAACGGUGAAAUGCCGGUGUCCGAGCUCUUCAACCAUGUUCGGCGUGAUGGCACGUGGCAAAGCUGGUUCUUCUGUUUCUUCCCGUGUCUGGCAUGUUUACGCAGUGAGCCCUCUAUGAGAAAGAUGAGUCAAGACCGGCGUGAGCUGCUGGCCACAAUCUGAUCAGUGGUCAGCGGGACUGGUGUGGAGUUCCUCCUGUGUGUUGCAACCAGUGUCUGAUAACAUUGAAGAGAGCUGAAUGGAUUAGUUAAGAGUGUUUGAUUGCCUCCUGUAUUCCGUGGGCAGGUGAUUCAACAGCGCUGGAACUUGCUCAUUUAUCUCUUGAUAGUGGAAGGACUUAACAGUAUUUGUGGAGUAUUUGAUCUGUUGGACUCUUUGCUGCAGAAUGAUAUGUGGUUUGACAGCUUAUCUUAUGAAGAGAUCAAUUUAUGCCUGUCAAGAAUUUUACUGUUGUCUGGCUGUUAAUUACUUUAAGGAAUGUUAUUGCCACAGGCAGUUUUGUUCCAGCUGAGCAGCUUCACAAACUUACAAUGAAAGGAGUCCCAGAAUAUUUAUCAUUGGUCUGUUGUCAUAUAACAGACAUUCAUUUGAGAUGCCAGCAACUUUAGCUAACCAUUUCUGAUAUAUAUAAGGUAUACUUCAGAUGCUUUGCUUUGUAUGGAAGGCUUUGGUGUAAAGUUGUUUUUAUUUAAAUGAUA